AACACUGGAUAACGAACAAAAGCAAGGUCACACUGCAUUUGCUUGUUUUGUUGUUUUGAUUGAAUUCUAUAAAUUGCUGGAUAUUUCCAAUUCUGAGCUCAUUUUUUGUUGUUCGUUCGCCCCCAGCUGGACUCCAGACCUCUGAAACAGCUGCAAUCCGCCUGCAAUUGUUAUCGAGUAGAGUGCACGAUCUUGACAACGACGCAGUUUUGCGAUUUGGCAAUGUUGUUGUUGCCUUCGAACGGAGAAUAAUUGAAACGAAAACAAACAAACGGAGCGAUUAACAUGAAGGCAUUGCAGCUUUUCCUGCUGGCAGUGCUGACUGUCGUGGCCACCGGCUUGGAGACUUCGCAGGGACGAGCCAAUGACUCAAAGGAGGGACUCGGCAUCGUCCACUACCAGCCGGAGCAGGUGCAUCUGGCAUUUGGAGAACGCACUGCCAGCGAAAUGGUCGUCACCUGGUCGACGCGCAGCCUCCCACCGGACCUGCAAGUGGGCAUGACCACCAUUGUGGAGUACGGUCUCCUGGAGGCCUCUGGACAGUCCAAGCUCAGCCAAACAGCCCGAGGCACGGCGACCAAGUUUGUGGACGGUGGCCGCAAGAAAGCCACGCAGUUCAUCCACCGGGUGACCCUAAGGAACUUGAAGCCGAACUCCACGUACGUCUACCACUGCGGCAGCUCCUACGGCUGGUCGUCCGUGUUCCAGUUCCGCACGGUGCCGGAGGCAUCGGCGGACUGGUCGCCCUCGCUGGCCAUCUACGGGGACAUGGGCAACGAGAAUGCCCAGUCCCUGGCCCGGCUGCAGGAGGAGACCCAGCGCGGCAUGUACGACGCCAUCAUCCAUGUGGGCGACUUUGCCUACGACAUGAAUACCGAGGACGCCCGGGUGGGGGACGAGUUCAUGAGGCAAAUCGAGUCUGUGGCAGCCUACUUGCCCUACAUGGUGGUGCCCGGUAACCACGAGGAGAAGUUCAACUUUUCCAACUACCGAGCCCGCUUCAGCAUGCCGGGGGGCACGGAGAACAUGUUCUACAGCUUCGACCUGGGCCCAGUCCACUUCAUUGGCAUCAGCACGGAGGUGUACUACUUCCUCAACUACGGCGUGAAGUCGCUGGUGUUCCAGUACGAGUGGCUGCGCCAGGAUCUGGCCAAAGCCAAUCUCCCCGAGAACCGGCGCGAGCGACCUUGGAUCGUCCUGUACGGCCAUCGGCCGAUGUACUGCAGCAACGAGAACGACAACGACUGCACCCACUCGGAGACCCUGACCCGGGUGGGCUGGCCCUUCGUCCACAUGUUCGGACUGGAGCCACUGCUGUACGAGUUCGGCGUGGACGUGGCCAUUUGGGCGCACGAGCACUCGUACGAGAGGCUCUGGCCCAUCUACGACUACAAAGUGCUCAACGGAACCCUGACGGACUCGCCCUACGAGGACCCGGGGGCUCCGGUCCACCUGGUCACCGGCUCCGCGGGCUGCAAGGAGGGGCGGGAGCCCUUCAAGGGCAAGAUACCCGACUGGAGCGCCUUCCACAGCCAGGACUAUGGCUACACCCGCCUGAGGGCGCACAACCGCACGCACCUGCACUUCGAACAGGUGUCGGACGACCAGAACGGAGCCAUCAUCGACGACUUCUGGCUGGUGAAGUCCAAGCACGGCAGCUACUUGCACUAGGAGGGGGCGCACCAUAUCAAAUCAAAGCUUUAGGAGUCUCCAGGAACACACUAGAAACUGGCAGUAUUAGUAGCGCACAUUCUACUUCGACCUGAAUCGAUCACAAAACAGACCAUAGCCUGUUUGCUAGGCUAGGCACAUUCCUUACCUGUAUCCCCAGUAGCCCUCGAACAAACUAUACACUUAGCCAAAUUUAAGGUCCCGGCAUUUAAAGGUGCAUUUACGGGCCAAGGAGGGGGAAUGCCUAGAGAUCUUGAACUCUGGGUUUUUAAAUCUGUUAAAGUAUUGAACACUUAGCACAUUCAUGUAUUUGUAUUUUUAAACCGUACUUUUUCCUUACCGGAACCCUUCUGUAUGUUUUUAAGUUGGAACCUGAAUUCCGAUUGGUCUAAUUUAUGCCGGUCUUGCAAAUUGCGAAAAUUAUUUAUGGCUUCACGUUCUAUCAGCAAGAUUUGGUAAUCACGGGCCUUUGUAAGCGAGCCGGAUCGGAUUUCAGAAAAAAUUGUAUGAGAAUACAAGAAAUAAAUAAAUUUUUACCGCUUAAUGAA